ACCACGAAUUUCUUAAAUCUAAAAAUACAGAUUUAAUACUAAAUCCUCGAUACGAGGAUUACCUACGAAGUACAAACAAAAUUACUGUGAUACGAAGAGAAGAAAAAAGGAUCACUUUAGGAAAAGGUGGUGGAAAAGUUGGUCCUCUUUUAGUACAGAAUAUCAUUACAACCUGGGAGCAAUCAAAAAAGUCACUGUCUGAACUCAUGGGCAUCUCUGAGAAAGAAUUUGAUAAUCUUACUCGAACAUUUCAAAAAGAAAUCAAUGACCUAAAAACUUCUACAAGAUACAUAAGAAUAUACGGUCAAAAAGUGACUGAAUAA